ACAGCUCCAAGGACCCUGCACCUGUGUCUUUGUGACAGAGCUCAGGGAGCCCUGGGUCUUCUUCCCUGACCCAGCUGUGCUUGGGAGGGCUGCCCAGUCCAGGGUCCCCAAGGAGCAUGGGGCUCCUCACCCGUCCUGGGUGUAUAAACUGCUGACCACAGACAGAUGCUGAACUACCCAAACUGACACACACAGCCUCUCAAGAUCCUCCCGGGCCAAGAGAGUUCUGGGUGUCCUAGGACCAAGGACACUGGCAGACUGCUGGAAGGGCCCCCUGAAGCUCUAACCUGUCCAGCCAAAGCAUGCAUCUUAGCUGAGCCCUCUUCCCAAACCUCGGACAAGAAACCAAUUUCUCUUGGCAAUGUGCUUCCGAGUGCCCUGCUGAGGAACGAUGGGAAGUCUGCCCAGCAGAGGAAAAAUCCUGCCAAGCCCAAGCUCGAGCCCCUCUGUCCGAGGCCAGGGACCUGUACCCAUGCAAGCAGAGAGAAGCAAGGCCACAGCCGUGGCCCUGGGCCGUUUCCCUGCAGGUGGGCAGGCUGAGCUGGCACUGAGACUGGGGGAGCCGUUGACCAUCGUCUCUGAGGGUGGAGACUGGUGGACGGUGCUGUCGGAGGUCUCAGGCAGAGAGUACAACAUCCCCAGCGUCCACGUGGCCAAAGUCUCCCACGGGUGGCUGUAUGAGGGCCUGAGCCGGGAGAAAGCCGAGGAACUGCUGCUGUUACCAGGGAACCCCGGAGGGGCCUUCCUCAUCCGGGAGAGCCAGACCAGGAGAGGCUGUUACUCGUUGUCCAUCCGACUCAGCCGCCCCGCAUCCUGGGACCGGAUCAGACACUACAGGAUCCAGCGUCUUGACAAUGGCUGGCUGUACAUUUCACCUCGCUUCACCUUCCCCUCCCUCCAGGCUCUGGUGGACCAUUACUCUGAGCUGGCGGAUGACAUCUGCUGCCUCCUCAAGGAGCCCUGUGUCCUGCAGAGUGCUGGCCCACUCCCUGGCAAGGACAUACCCCUACCUGUGACCGUGCAGACAACACCACUCAACUGGAAAGAGCUGGACAGCUCCUUCCUGUUUUCUGAAGCGUCUGCCACAGGGGAGGCAUCUCUUCUCAGUGAGGGUCUUCGGGAAUCCCUCAGCUCCUACAUUAGCCUGACUGAUACGUCUUUUGACGAUGUCAAGGCCCAAAGCACAGGCCGAAAGCGAAACCAAGCCUGCAGCACUUGGAACCCCAACUCAGCUCAACCCGACUAAGCAUCCCAGAGGCAAGGCUGUGCAGAGGGAGGACUGGUACACACAGGUGCAUCUAGUAUCCCACCUAUACCCUCUGCUCUUUCCUCUCUUGGCCCUAAGAAGUCACUUACCUCCUUCCAGUGCCAUGAAACCACCUGCAACCUCUAGUCUGCGUGCAGACGGUUGAGAGCAGGACCAGGGCUCCAGAAAGACUAAACUUCCUCUGGGGUCUAACCUGGUCAGUCCCUGAGUUUGGGGCUCCCAGCACUGUCUUCAUCCCCUGCCUGUUGAGUCCCAUUCUACAAUCCCCCCUGUUGACCAGCCCCAUCCACAAGGUAGAGACCACACCUUAGCAGGUAGGACUGUGGCCUAGAAGGAAAGCAGAGGGGACAGAUGGCUUACCACAACAGCAGAUCCUGGGUUGUCCAACCUCUACCUGACCCCCAGAGCAAAGAGAAGGACCUCUGAUGGUCCAGGUCUUCAAAUGUCCCCCAUCAAGCCCCUUCUCUGGACAGCCACAGCUCUGAGAUCUCUACUUCAUAUUGUGGCUCAUCAUUCAAACCUGGCCAAGCUUUCCCAGCCACGCUGGCCUUGCCACCUUGUGGCCAAAUGCAAAAUGACAUCUCCUAAGCCUAGCACACUGCAGUGAAGCCACUCACCUUUCUCAGUGCUGGCCAGGGGCACCAGAAGGUGGUAAGCCUUCUCUCCACAAUGCCAAGGCCAAGGCCACGGCCUACACCAACUCCACCCCUUGAAUUCCCCGCUGCCCACGAGGAGAAAGAGGGCUGGCUGGAGCUGCUAAGGGAGCAGGCAGAGGACAAAAGAGCACCUGUAGUGCUUCCACUGCGUUCUCAAGCUGCAGGGGGGGGUGGGCUGGGAAGGGUUUUACCAGGUACCAUCAACAGGUUCUCAAUUAAAGAUCUGAUUUAUUCAA